AUGAAGUUCCUCAUUUUUAAUGAUGACACGUCUGAAAAGGGACUAGCCGGCGGCGGCAAAACGACAACAAGCACUGGGCAGAGGGUUGGUUUAUGCGGGUGUAUGCUGGGGCGGGGUGUACACACCCCUGGGAAUAACAACGCAUGUACUGGAGUAGCUCAUUGUAUUGACUACCUUGCAGUUGCAGCUGCACCUAUGUGUGAACCUCCCCCACUAAACGGUGUUCCCACGAAUAACCACACAAGUUUAUCUUCACCGCAAUGUCAUUCCAGUAAAAUGAUGUACACCCACCCUGUGGACGAUGUUUUCUUCUUCACCCUCUCCAUGGGGGCACAAAGGUGGGAGUCCAAGGGGGGCCGUAAUGCAUAA